AUGGCUGUGGUUCCGAGCUCAGUUGGCUAUUCAGAGACAGUCAUGUCAAUUGAGGCCUCUUCAACCAUUCCGACGACUCCCGAAGACAGCUUGAACGGAACAGACAAACUUGACGAAGAGUCCAACGGCAGCCGAACAACUGUGACAGAGGACAGCGACCCAGAGUCAACAACCACAGUUCCACGCGUCCGUAGCAUUUGCUGUGUCGGUGCAGGAUAUGUCGGUGGACCAACUGCAGCUGUCAUCGCGUACAAGAAUCCACUUCUGCGAGUUACCGUGGUAGACAAGGACGAGCGUCGGAUUCGGAGAUGGAACUCUCAGCAUCUUCCUAUCUAUGAGCCCGGGCUGGCCGAGAUAGUCCGCAUCUCACGAGAUGGACUUCGUAGCAGCUCCACACCAGCUACUUCGGUCGAAGAAGAGCAACAGAGUGAAAACUCCAGCAGUACAGCCGCUAUGGCGGACAGGAAGCCAAAUUUGUUCUUUUCUGCCAACGUUGCCAAGUGCAUCCGUGAGUCGGAUAUUGUCAUCAUUGCAGUUAACACUCCCACCAAGAUGCGAGGCUCCGGUGCAGGUAGUGCAACCGAUAUGACAGCAUUUGAGGCUGUGACUGCAGAUGUUGUACAACACGCCAGGAACGGUUCCAUUAUUGUUGAAAAGUCGACUGUUCCUUGCAGAACAGCUCAGAUGAUUCAAGAGAUGAUCUCCGUUCGUCGACCUGAUGCUCACUUUGAGAUCCUGUCCAAUCCAGAGUUCCUUGCAGCAGGAACAGCCAUCCAGGAUCUCUUGCGUCCAGACCGAGUCAUCAUCGGUUCUGCAACAACCGAGACAGGACAAGUCGCCGCGCAGACACUGGCUCAGGUUUAUUCCGGUUGGGUCGACCGGUCCCGCAUCAUCACCACAAACAUUUGGUCCUCGGAAUUAGCCAAGCUUGUGGCUAACUCUAUGCUUGCUCAGCGCUUGAGCAGUAUCAACAGUAUCUCGGCCAUCUGUGAGGCCACAGGUGCUGAGAUCAAUGAAGUUUCGGCAUCCAUUGGAAUGGACUCUCGAGUCGGUGACAAGUUCCUUCGUGCUGGUAUCGGAUUCGGCGGCAGCUGCUUCAAGAAGGAUGUCCUCAGUCUGGUGUAUCUUUCCGAAUCACUGGGCUUGAAGGAGGUUGGAGCAUACUGGCGUCAGGUGGUCACCAUGAAUGAGUACCAGCGUAACCGUUUCACCAGCCGUGUCAUCAAGUGCCUUAACAACACCUUGGUUGGAAAGAAGAUCACAUUGCUCGGCUAUGCCUUUAAGAAGAAUACCUCGGAUACUCGUGAGGCUCCUGCCCUUGAGAUUAUCAAGACAUUACUCGACGAGAACCCCGGUGAGAUCGCAAUCUUUGACCCCUGCUGCAAUCCGUUCGUGAUCGAGAGCGAGAUUCGGCAGCUCAAGUCAUUCGGACCUCCGGCUUUGAGAGAUGAUGGUGGCGCCGUCAAGGUGUACUCCGAUGCAUACGAGGCAUGCGCUUCCUCGAAUGCAAUUCUCAUUGUCACAGAGUUUGACGAAUUCCGAAACAGCGAUCCUGUUUCUCCUUCGGACAAAAGGUCCACGUCGCAAGACAUUCCCGCAACUGCCCAGGAAGCCAUGACUGUGGAGCCCUCCAAGGCAGAAGAGAGGAAGAACACAAUUCUAGCCCCGUCUGUUGAAGACAGGUUCAUCCCUCAGCCCGAUUGCGCUGUUGACUGUCCAGACUGCCAGCGCGAGAACGCACGCGACAUCCCAGCACGCGAAGUGAGCGAAGACACACCCAAGAAACAGGUGAACUGGGAAAAGAUUGCCGAAAACAUGCAAACACCAAAAUGGUUGUUCGACGGACGUUGCAUCAUAGAGACUAAGAAGAUGAGCAGCUUGGGCAUUCGAGUUGAAAGUAUCGGCUCAUCAGGCGAUCCAAUUUAG